AUGCCUGGAGUCAAUCGACACGUCCACUUCAAUGGAAAAGCGUCUCCCGCAUCGUCAUCAUCAUCCUGGCCGUCUUCAGGGGGACCUAUAACACCACCACCAACCUACGGCUAUGUCCCUCCCCACUACCCUUUACACCCUACAGCAGAAUCAAAUGGUUUCGUCAAUCCAGUCCUAUCUCCAAAUAAUCCAACAUUUGACUUCAACCUCACCAAACCCCCUACCUCGAUGAUGGACUAUGCAUCCAUUCCCGUAAGCAUCUGGCAGCAACCAGCUACAAGUCCCCCUGUUCCAUCUAUGGCAGUUGUUUGUGAGCAAUUGCCCUGGAUUCUUAACAUCCCGGGAAACAUACAAUUUGGCUACGUCAGCGUGGGCGAUCUUGUGUUUGGCCUUUACAAAGCCCUUUCCACCCCAGUAUCACAAUCGGAAUUCCUUACCCUCUCUCCAAGGGGUCAGCACGCUGUCAGCAAGGCUUUCAAAAACAGAUGCAAAGUAUGCUUUGACUCUGACGAGUAUCGAACAGAGUUUAGUCAAGGCGUGAAACGAGUAGAUUUCCUCGUCGGCUUCACGAAAUUCUCUGGAGUUAGACCGGACAAGAUUGGAAAAUGGACGCUACUGGUUAGGGCCGAUGAGUGA